CCAAGGUGAUGCUGUGACUAUGAAAUUAGAGGAAAAAUGGUAAGGAGAGUUGCCCAUUCCCAGUAUGGAGGAACACAAUGGCUCUUCAGAGACUCCUGCCCUGAGCCAAGGCCGGCACGUUGCCAUCAAAUGUGGGUGGCUGCGGAAGCAGGGGGGCUUUGUCAAGACCUGGCACACGCGCUGGUUUGUCCUCAAGGGGGACCAGCUCUACUAUUUCAAAGAUGAAGAUGAAACCAAGCCCUUGGGUACCAUCUUUCUGCCUGGCAACAGGGUUAUUGAGCAUCCCUGCAAUGAAGAAAGUCCAGGAAAGUUCCUUUUUGAAGUUGUUCCAGGAGGAGACCGAGAGCGGAUGACAGCAAAUCAUGAGACCUACCUCCUCAUGGCGAGCACGCAGAAUGACAUGGAGGAUUGGGUGAAAUCCAUCCGCAGGGUUAUAUGGGCACCCUUUGGAGGAGGGAUUUUUGGGCAGAAGCUGGAAGACACGGUGCGGUACGAGAAGCGCUAUGGGCACCGCCUGGCGCCCAUGCUGGUGGAGCAGUGCGUGGACUUCAUCCGCCAGCGGGGGCUGAAGGAAGAGGGCCUGUUCCGACUGCCUGGGCAGGCGAAUCUCGUCAAGGAGCUGCAGGAUGCGUUUGACUGUGGAGAAAAGCCUUCCUUUGACAGCAACACAGAUGUGCACACCGUGGCUUCACUGCUCAAGCUGUACCUAAGGGAACUCCCAGAACCAGUUGUACCAUAUGCAAAAUACGAAGAUUUUCUUUCCUGUGCCAAAAUGCUCAGCAAGGAGGAAGAAACGGGCCUGAAAGAACUGGUGAAGCAAGUGAAGAACCUGCCAGCUGUCAAUUACAAUCUGCUGAAAUACAUCUGUAGAUUCCUUGAUGAAGUCCAGUCAUAUUCAGGUGUAAAUAAAAUGAGUGUGCAAAACCUGGCUACGGUUUUUGGCCCCAACAUCCUGCGCCCCAAAGUGGAAGAUCCUCUGACUAUCAUGGAGGGUACAGUAGUAGUCCAGCAGCUCAUGUCAGUGAUGAUCAGCAAACACGAAGAGCUGUUUCCCAAGGAUAUAGACCCUCAGAUGGGACCCGAGGUGUGCAACAACAACAACAACGAAAUUCCAAAGAAAACCACUGCAGGGCAGCUACAGAACAAAGAGAACAACAACACCAAGGAGACGGCAGUGAGGCGCUGCUCUUGGGACACACCCGAGUCUCCCCAAAGGGCAAGCAUGGACUGCGAGUCUCCAACCGCUCUGCCAGGCAGCAAGACAAAUAGCCCCAGGAACAGCAUCCAGAAACCAGAUGUCACCAGGAGCCCGCCACUCACGGUGAAAAAAAAUCCAGCUUUUAAUAAAGGUAGCGGCAUAGUCACCAACGGGUCCUUCAGCAGCUCUGUGGAGGGCCCGGAGAAGAGCCAGACCUUGCCCAGCUGCUCCCUGCAAGGCAGGAGAGCGUCGUCGCUGAAGGGGCCGGUGACCAGGCUGGGCACGCAGAGCGUGCAGAACGGCGGCGCGCGCCUGGGCCUGUGCGGCGGCGACGGGCACGGCGGCGCCGGCGCCCCGGGCGGCCGCAGCCCCGGCUGGGCGCACAACGGCCCCGUCACCCUGAGGGACAGCAGGCACAGAGAGCCCUCGCUGGGCGAGUCGGGCCAGCACAACAGGCUCUCCACCUACGACAACGUGCACCAGCAGUUCUCCAUGGUGAACUCGGACGACAAACAGAGCGUGGACAGCGCCACCUGGUCCACGUCCUCGUGUGAAAUAUCCCUCCCGGAGCACUCCAACUCCUGUCGCUCAUCCACCACCACCUGCCCCGAGCAGGACUUUUAUGCGGGUAACUUUGAAGACUCUGUGCUGGAUGGGCCACCGCACGAAGAGCUCUCUAACCCGGGUGACUAUGAGAACAAAAGUGACAGGAGGAGUGUGGGGGGCCACAGCAGCCGGGCCACCAGCAGCAGCGACAACAGUGAAACGUUUGUGCCCAACAGCACCAACAACCACAGUGCUUUGCACAGCCUGGUGUCCAGCUUGAAGCAAGAGAUGGCCAAGCAAAAACUAGAAUAUGAGACAAGGAUAAAAAGCCUGGAGCAGAGAAAUCUCACCCUGGAGACUGAAAUGAUGGCCCUGCAUGAAGAGCUGGAUCAAGAGCGGAAGAAGUUCACAAUGGUGGAAAUCAAGAUGCGAAACGCAGAGCGGGCGAAGGAAGAUGCAGAGAAGAGGAAUGAUAUGCUGCAGAAGGAAAUGGAGCAGUUUUUCUCUACUUUUGGAGAACUGACAGUGGAGUCUCGCAGACCAGAAAGAGGCAACACCAUCUGGAUCCAGUGAGCUGGAGGAGUAGACUGUGGGACUUGAGGGAAGGGCUUGGGGGUAUUAUACUGUAUCAGGUGGCUGGUCACCUGUCUGAGGCUAGUACUCAACAAAAUGUUACAAACCCUUGAAGAAAGAAAUCAUACAUACAUUAAGCACUCAUAUCUACAGUGUGUACUUAACGAGUUAUACUCUUUGAAUGCUUCAUGAGACUACUGUCAAGUGUUACAACUGGAUAUGUGUAUAUAAAUUUAAAAACCACCUUAGAGCAAGAGAUGUAUCCGAAGAAAUAUUUUAAUGCAAGUCUUGUAUUUAAGCUGGUAAAUUGAGAUGUUGUUGCAAUCAAGCUUUAUAUAAAGGCUUUUCUCCCUUGCACUUAACAUAAUAAGCUAUUUUUGGCAUUGUGUUACCAUCAGCUUAUUUUGUAUAUCAAAUGGUUUUUUUGUUUUUGUUUUGUUACCCCUUUUGCUGGGGAGUGAAGAUAAACAGAUAUGUUAAGGUAAAUGUGUGGAUGGUUAGCCUUGAUUUGCAUCACGUCCAAACAGACAUCAGGGUUGAGAAACUGAAGCAAGCCACGGGCAAAAUAAAGCAAUACUGAUUUCACAGA